CUUGGCCAACUGAUUUCGGAUCCAUCAGUGAUUGAUCCAAUCAACAGAGCCCAGAUAUUGUCCGACUUGACCAUCUUGUGUGCAGUGGACAUUGCUGACAGCCAAGUUUGUGCAAUGGUUCCAGCAUAUUUGGUGUCAGAAAGUCAUCCGAUCCCGUGGAUAGCAGCUGCGCAGCUUUUGCCCAUUUGGCGAGGCAGCAAACUGAUGACCAUGGAUCAAUUCGACUCAUUCUUGCCCCCCAUGUUGGAGUUGGCCUUGGAUAACCUCAAGAAUCAAACCAUCACCCCUCUAGCCACUGACCUGAGCAACGUGGUGCUGCAACAAUUGAACGCCAUGACGAUGUCAAAGAGCCCCAGCAGUGGCAAGAACAAAGUUGGAAAUGACAAAAUAAAGCAGAGCAUGAAUAUUCUGACUGCCUGGCUGGGCCACAUGCGACGGUAUCAUCAGCAGAAGAAUAAGAACGUUCAAUUGUGA